AUGGACAGGCGCAAAAGAGCUUGGAGAGCAUGUCAGAGGUGCAGGCAAAAGAAGACAAAAUGCGAUGGAGAAUUUCCAUGUAAGAGGUGUAAGAAUGAAGGUCUCGUAUGUACAGCAGGUAUAAUAAAGAAGACCGAAUAUAAACGAAUACCUAUGGGUUACGCCGAAGUUUUAGAAAGUACCCAGCUUGCGCUUAUUGCUACUGUCCACAAGCUCUAUGCUAUGGUGCGUAAUGGGCAACAAUGGGAUCUCGCCGAACCUGAGCUCAAUGACCGAGGUCAGCCCAUUAUUCAUAACAUCGCGACGUUGCUCGGGUCCAUUCGAUCCAACGCGGACGCAGACUUGCCUCCGCACACAGUGUUUCCGGAAGAUGAAGGAGGCUUAGCCAAAUUGGCCGCAGAGUUGGAACUACCUCAACAGGAUUCGAACAUGGUACCGAUUAAGUUGGAGACAGAUUUUGCAUGUAGUCGCACAGAGAGAGCAAGCUCGUCUGAGCUUGAUCAUUCUGAUUCCGGGCAAGACUAUCGGAACACAGUGAUGAGCAGCCAGAACGUGCAGCCAGACUAUCCAGAGAGUUUCACAUCGUAUAACGAUUUCUAUACAAACACGGUUCCCACUGAAAUGGAUCCAUCAGCAAUGUUUCCAGUACAAUCCAAUACCAACCCGGCGGCCGUUCCAUCAUGGAAAAUGGCACGGCCUACCCAAUGGGCGUUACUCCCCAACAAUUUUAUACUGUAA